UACACGCCCGACGAAACUUUUUUAGAAAGACUUUUUCAGCUUCAACUGGUUUAAAAGUUAUUGCUAACACACGCUUGCGGGUCUCUAGCAUUUCGGGCAACCUCUGUAUCUUUUCCUUAAGGAGAGAGGGAGAAAGAAAGACCCAACAGAAAACACCCUUCCCCCACUCCUGCUCACCUCUCCUGGCUGCUGGUUGGAGCGGAGAUCUCCCCUUUAGUAUCCUCUGCUCUAACAAUGUUUUGCUACUCAGUCCGACAACUUUUCAGCUGAACUUGCUUCACAUGGUGGAACGAAGCGCUGGAAGGCAGCGGACGGCAAAAAGGGACCUCAUGCACUUUUUUGCCUAGGAAAGAAGGAGCAGCAUUCCAGGAACAGCGCACAGCAAAAGGCAUUACAUCCCGCACAACCUGGAACUGUUCUCCUCCCUUUGUUUGCAAUCGAGGGUUUGUGGAGGUUGCCUGGCUGGAAGGACUUGUUUCGGACAUGGCUUGGAUCAAGUGGGGUUUUCUUCUGUGCGCGUGUGUAUUUUUCUCCCUGGCGCUCGGGGCUCCAGAGAGAGGAAGACUGAGGACGGUCACCUACGUGCUGCGCCCUAGUCAGUCGGGCGCCUCCGGCAGCCGCUUGCAGAGCGGAGGGCAGCCGCCGCACACCACCUUCAAUGUGGAGUUGAGCACCCGUUACAGUGCUCGAGGCGGCGGCAGCGGCAGCGCCACCCUGGAGCGAACGCGCAGAAUGAGCAAAGCGAGCAGCUCCAGCAUGCAGCUCCGCUUGGGCCCCACCGUGCAACUCCACAAGCCUGCCAGCCGCACUGCAGCCUCUUUCCGCAAAGCGGGCAAACCCGGCUCCCGCUCCAAGCUCCAGCCCCGCGAGAGCAACAGCAGCGCCGUCAGUGGGCAGGUUCAUCCCAAACCCCAUCUGCAGCAGCUGCAGGGGGUGAAUGUCUGUGGAGGACAAUGUUGUCAUGGCUGGAGCAAAGCUCCCGGUUCUCAGAGGUGUACCAAACCUAACUGUUUGCCACCAUGCCAAAAUGGCGGGAUGUGCUUGCGACCACAACUCUGUGUAUGUAAACCAGGGACAAAAGGUAGCACUUGUGAGGAUGCUACAAAGCAAGAAACCACUUCACCUGGGGGACCAGGUCCUGUGAUUCCACCAUGGCCUAUUCCUCAGCGAUCUGUUCAGCAGACUUACUCAAAGAAGGUGGAGGUCCAACAAAAGGUCAAUCCCAUGGCCCAGAUGACUUUCACACUCAAGCAGAAACCCUCUGGUGGAUUACCGCAACAAGUGCAGUCACAAAUGAUACCCCUUUCAUCCCAAACUUUGAUGAUGAAUGUCCACCAUGGACAAACACAGGAAUAUGUUAUCAAACCCAAGUACUAUCCAGCAAAGAAAGUGAUUUCAGGAGAACAAUCUACAGAGAGUUUGUUGCCUUUAAGAAUGAGCCAUGAUCAACUUGCAUCACCAUAUCAUUUGGGAAAUCACACAGGACGUAUCAAAGUGGUCUUUACACCCAGCAUCUGUAAGGUGACUUGUAAAAAAGGCACCUGCCAGAACAGCUGCGAGAAAGGAAACACUACCACAUUGAUUAGUGAAAAUGGGCAUGCUGCUGACACCUUGACAGCACCCAACUUCCGAGUAGUUAUUUGCCAUCUUCCGUGUAUGAAUGGGGGCCAGUGUAGUUCUAGAGAUAAAUGCCAAUGUCCUCCUAAUUAUACUGGAAAACUUUGUCAAAUCCCAGUGCAGAGUAGCAGUGCUCCAAAACUCUAUCAUAAUUCACAACAAGCAAGCAAGGCUGUGGGAUCCCAUGUCAUCCAUUCUACGCAUACUUUACCACUGACUAUGUCUGGACAGCAAGGAAUAAAAGUAAAAUUUCCUCCUAACAUUGUGAACAUUCAUGUGAAGCAUCCUCCUGAAGCUUCAGUGCAAUUCCAUCAAGUUUCAAGAAUUGACAGCACAUCUACAGGACAAAAAACAAAACCAUCCCAAUCAGGACAUUCCCAGGUUUCUUAUCAAAGUCUGCCAUUUCAAAAGACUCAGAAAGUACAUUCAACCUAUUCACAUCAGCAGCCAGUUUCUCAUGUGUACCCUGUUUCUGCUAAAACCCAGCUUGGACGAUGCUUUCAGGAGACUGUUGGGACACAAUGUGGCAAAGCACUUCCGGGUCUUUCAAAACAAGAAGAUUGCUGUGGUACUGUGGGUACUUCCUGGGGUUUUCAUAAAUGCCAAAAAUGUCCAAAGAAAUCAGUUAUCUCUGGAUAUAGUCCAGUGGUGGACUGUCCACAAGGUUACAAGAGAAUUAAUGCUACUUUUUGUCAAGACAUUAAUGAAUGCCUACUACAAGGGGUGUGCCCUAAUGGUGAGUGUUUGAAUACCAUGGGCAGCUAUAGGUGUACCUGCAAACUGGGAUAUGUGCCAGACCCCACCCUUUCCAGAUGCAUCCCUGAUAAUCCCAUGGUCACUGAGGAGAAAGGGCCCUGCUACCGGUUUGUCAGUGCAGGAAAGCAGUGUAUGCACCCUCUCUCUGUUCAGCUCAGCAAGCAACUCUGCUGUUGCAGUGUUGGCAAGGCCUGGGGUCCUCACUGUGAGAAAUGUCCCCUUCCAGGAACAGCUGCUUUUAAGGAAAUCUGCCCUGGUGGAAUGGGCUAUACCGUUUCUGGCUCUCACAGAAACAAGCUAUACCAUCACCCUGCAGUUAGAGUUCAGCCACCUGUCAUUGGCAAGACCCAGAUUACUCAACAUGUUGCUAAAGGUACUUCUCCUCCACCUCUCCCAGCAAAGGAAGAGCCAGUGGAGGCACUGACCAUCUCACAGAAAAGUGAGCCCGAGGUGGCUGUGCGAGAAGUGGGAACUGCAGCCCCAGAGCAGGAAUUAGUUUCACUUGAUGACCAAGAAAAACCUAUAAUACAGCCUGGCCAACCUCAGCUUUCUCCUGGGAUUUCAACUAUUAACCUGCAUCCACAGUUUCCAGUAGUAGUUGAAAAAACCUCUCCUCCUAUGCCUGUUGAAGUUGGCCCAGAUAUUUCUACUUCAAGUGCUAGUCAAGUAAUAGCACCAACUCAGGUUACAGAAAUCAACGAGUGUACCGUGAACCCUGAUAUCUGUGGAUCAGGACAUUGUGUUAACUUGCCUGUUGGAUAUACCUGCUUCUGCUAUGACGGUUACAGACUUAAUGAUCAACAAACAAAAUGUUCUGAUAUUAAUGAAUGUACUCAGACUCCCCAUCUUUGUUCCCUUGGGCGUUGUGAAAAUACAGAAGGAAGUUUCCUCUGCAUUUGCCAGGCAGGGUUCAUGGCCAAUGAACAAGGAACAGACUGUAUUGAUGUUGAUGAAUGUGCCAGACCUCAUACUUGUGGGGAAGGCCUUUGUGUAAAUACCAUUGGUUCGUAUAGAUGUGAAUAUUGUGAAAGUGGGUUCAAAAUGAUUGGGAGAGGACAGUGUGAAGAUAUUGAUGAGUGCUUAAUUCCACAUACUUGUCCAGAUGCACAGUGUAUUAAUACACCUGGUUCUUACCAAUGUGUCGCUUGUAGAGAUGGAUUCAGAGGCUGGAAUGGAAAGUGUCAUGAUAUUAAUGAAUGUCAAUAUAGCAGUCUCUGCACAAAUGGGCAGUGUGAAAACCUUGAGGGAUCUUUCAGAUGUCUUUGCAGCCAAGGAUAUCAACUGUCCCCUGCGGGAGAUCAGUGUGAAGAUGUGGAUGAAUGUCUACAGCAGCAGCAGCUGUGUGCAAAUGGAAGAUGCAGAAACAUAGCUGGAUCAUACAGAUGUCUUUGUAGCCAAGGCUACCAACUGUCAACCACCAGAGACCAAUGUGAAGAUAUUAAUGAAUGCCAAGAAGACCGUGAUAUUUGCCGUGGAGGGAACUGCAUUAAUACCAAAGGUUCUUAUGAAUGUACUUGUCCAAAUGGCUUUCACCUAAUACCUUCCAGGGGCUGUCAAGACAUUAAUGAAUGUGCAGGAUCCAAUCUCUGUUUACCUCAUGGGGAAUGUUUAAAUACAGAAGGCUCUUUCCACUGUGUUUGUGAACAAGGUUUUACAGCUUCUGGAGAUGGCCAAACAUGUGAAGAUGUUGAUGAAUGUGCCAACAGUACUGUAUGUGGCAGUCAUGGCUUCUGUGAAAAUUCAGCUGGCUCCUAUCGCUGUCUUUGUUACCAGGGUUAUCAGUACCUGCAGGACGGGCAAGGGUGUGUGGAUGUGAAUGAAUGUGAAAUGCUGAGUGGGGUAUGUGGGGAAGCCCUCUGUGAAAACGUAGAAGGCUCCUUCCUGUGUUUGUGUUCUGAUGAAAACCAGGAGUAUGACCCAAUGACCGGACAGUGUCGCUUCCGUUCUACACCAGAUGUGCCAAUAGACUCUAAGGAACCAGAAGAUGAAAAGAAGGAAUGUUACUACAAUCUAAAUGACGCAAAUUUCUGUGACAAUGUCUUAACAUCCAAUAUUACCAAACAAGAAUGCUGCUGUACUUUGGGUGCUGGCUGGGGUGAUAACUGUGAAAUAUUCCCGUGUCCUGUGCUUGGAAGUGCUGAGUUUACUGAAUUAUGCCCUGAAGGGAAAGGAUUCAUACCCUCUGAAGACACAUCUUAUGGAGCCGUUACAGAAACAGAAACUUACAAAGAUGCAGAUGAAUGUCAGCUCUUUGGACAAGAAAUAUGUAAGAAUGGCUUCUGUUUAAAUACACAGCCAGGCUUCGAGUGUUACUGCAAACAAGGCACCUACUAUGAUACUGUUAAACUCCAAUGCAUUGAUACAGAUGAAUGUCAAGACCCCAACAGCUGUAUUGAUGGCCAGUGCAUCAACAACGAUGGAUCAUACAGCUGUUUCUGUACCCACCCAAUGGUCCUGGAUUCCACAGAAAAGCGAUGUAUUAAACCAGCAGAAUCAAGUGAACAAACUGAAGAAACUGAUGUUUACCAGGACCUUUGCUGGCAACACCUGAGUGAUGACUUUGUUUGUAGCCGGCCUUUUCUUGAAAAGCAGACUACUUACACAGAAUGCUGUUGUUUAUAUGGUGAAGCAUGGGGCAUGCAAUGUGCCCUCUGCCCCAUGAAGGACUCAGAGGAUUAUGCCCAUUUGUGCAACAUUCAGGUUCCUGGAUCACGAAGGCCAUAUGGGCAGGAUGCAUUGGUUGACUUUGAAGAAGAACAUUAUACUCCAGAAACUGAUCCAUACUUUGUGGAAGACCGUUUCCUGAACAGCUUUGAGGAAUUGCAAGCAGAAGUAUGUGGCAUUCUGAAUGGAUGUGAAAAUGGACGCUGUGUAAGAGUCCAGGAAGGAUACACCUGUGACUGUUUUGAUGGCUACCAUUUGGACAUGGCCAAAAUGACAUGUGUUGAUGUGAAUGAAUGCAAUGAACUGAAUAACAGGAUGUCUCUCUGCAAGAAUGCCAAGUGCAUUAACACAGAAGGAUCAUACAAAUGUGUAUGUUUGCCUGGCUAUGUCCCUUCAGACAAGCCUAACUACUGCACACCCCUGAACUCAGACACAGACAGCGAACUGGAGUAAGAGAAGCAGUAAAUGCCAUGCAACUUUAAGCCCAUAUACUCUGCACUGUAUAAAGAAAAUAAAAGAAAGAAGCAUAUUAAACUUGAGUUAAGGAUGCUCCUAAUCCAGAGUUUGGCUGUAUAUGGAAAACAAGCAAUAAAACAUGUCUUCGGAAAAAUGAAAAAGGAUGUGUUAAUCACCAUCAGCUUCACUAAAGUAACAAACCAAUGGACACAUUUCUGUGUAUGGAAGAAGUAAUCAAGUAUGUAGUGUGUUCAUAAGUAAAAUUCAUGGGAAUAGGUAAACUGCUAUUCUUUUCAAACAUUUUAACUAUUGCUUGAUUUAUUUGGCAUUUAAUUAGUUGUGAAAAUAUUUUAUAUCACUUGUUUAUUUAGCAGUUCUUUGCCUACUACUACUAUGGAUGCUCCCCCUCUCACUUUUGAUCCAGUUGCAAUAUAAGCAAUUUUCUAAACACUGUUCUACACAAGGUAAUGCUCAUCUUUGUCUGGAACAUUGGCCAGUUAUUUUUUAAAAUCGCUAAUUGUCUGCCCUGUGGAGCAGGCACUGUUCUUUUUCUAAAAAGUGUACACAUCAUGGAGAGAAGUCCUUUGUAUUAAUUUUAUAUUCCAUGUGGCCUUUUACUGCACUUAACAAGCCUUAGGACCUGCCUUGCUGCAUUUCAAAGCUGCUAAAGGACAACUAUUGGAUACUUUUUGUACAUUGUAACAAAAGAUCUGAGCUCCUGUCUGUAUUUGAAUGUGUAAAUUGAACACAGAUCUUGUAUUGUUACCCUAACGUAUUAAACCUGUAUAUUAAAACUCAAUAAAAACUACCCUUUUUUA